AUGGCAAGCCUUGGGAAUGAAUUAGAUCUCUCGCAAUAUCCAAUUAACUACAAUUCCCAUGCCUUCAAGUGUUGUUUUCCUGGCUGCAACGCCAGCUACCGGCGCAAGGAGCACCUGCAUCGCCACGAAGGAAAACACUGUCAGCAGCAGGCUUUUCUAUGUUCCAAUUGUGGUAGACAAUUUGGACGAAGCGACACACUUCGACGCCAUGUCCGUCAGCGUCAUGGAAUAAUUGAACCUCUCAUGCGUGCGCAGCGAGCUUGUAAGAGCUGUCAUGCAUGCAAGUUGCGGUGCGAAGGAGGUGUGCCCUGUGAUGAGUGUGUACGUCGCAAGAUUGAGUGCUCUUUCAACGACCCUGCUGGCGCAGUAGAGAAUCAAUCUCCCGAAUCCGAAACGCAUCGUGUAUCGAGUGUGAAGAAUGACCAACCACAAUUAAAGAAUACAGAGAAGGCGGGGCACUACAUCCGUCUUUAUUUUGAGACUUUCCACCCGUUUUGGCCAUUCAUUCACAAAGGAUCGUUCGACAUACGCCGUGAAACACCCUUCCUGGUUCAAUCAAUGAUCGUUAUAGGCAUGUGGGCUACUAGGGAACCAUCUGCGCAGUCAUCAGCAGUGAAACUCCACGGGAUACUAGACUCGGCUCUUCGGGGUCAAAGGGAAAAAUGGGAUGCCUCAGAAGCACCUGGAGCUUCUAGUGCCUGUGUCUGGCCAAUCGCAAUGUACCAGGCUAUCCUAUUACAUAUCAUCUUCUCUUUUCUUGUCAGCAGCCGGACUGCUGUCGAUUUUGACUUAAAAGUCUCUCUUCCCCCAGCUGAUUUGGGAUUACUCGAAGCUCUUGUCCGAAGUUGUCGAAUCCUAGGCAUGUUCUAUUAUCCGAACAUUAUUGCCAAGUAUGAAGAAGCUGACUUGGCUUCGUUCGUCUGGGUUUGUGUUGAGGAAAUCAAACAAUUUAAUAUAGCCUUGUACAAGGUUUGUGGGAAGGCAAGCAGCUCUAGUAUACGAGACGGAAGCCAUGGGGAUAUUAAUGCAGUAUGGUCUUUGCUAACCCCAGAUGAACUUCAGUUCCCCCUGCCAGGCAAUGUUCCUUUGUGGAAUGCUGUUGGCGCAGAUGAAUGGAUGGCUGUUGGGAGGGACGAAAAGCUGGUUUCUUUAGAUGAUGACUGCCAGGAGAAGUGGAUAUCGAAUUCUGCAGAGAUAUUAGAAUUCUUCCGGCUAUAG